CAUGCGCAAUUGGCAGCAAUGAGGAAGUGCUGCGUAUUCAACCAUUAAACUUGUAAACAUUAGCGACCCGAGAUGCCCGUGUUUUUGGCGUCUGAUUAGGACAUGUAAAUAUAAGGAUUUCAACGUGUGGUACAAAACACUGUUCUACUUUGCAUGGACCCAAAGCUGAUGCGCAGGGCCACCAGCGCACGUCAAGACGCCACUGGAAUGGACAUCACCAGCCGCUGUACUCUGGGGGACCCUAACAAGCUUCCUGAAGGGGUCCCCCAGCCUGCCCGCAUGCCGUAUGUCUCAGACAAACACCCGCGGCAGACCCUGGAGGUGAUAAACCUGUUGAGGAAGCAUCGUGAGCUUUGUGAUGUGGUACUUGUGGUGGGUGCCAAGAAAAUUUAUGCCCACCGCGUCAUACUUUCUGCUUGCAGUCCCUACUUCAGGGCAAUGUUUACUGGGGAGCUUGCUGAAAGUAGGCAGACUGAAGUGGUUAUUCGAGACAUUGAUGAGAGAGCAAUGGAACUGUUGAUCGACUUCGCCUACACUUCACAGGUGACGGUGGAGGAGGGGAACGUUCAGACUCUGCUUCCCGCAGCCUGUCUGCUCCAGCUUGCUGAGAUCCAGGAGGCCUGCUGCGAGUUCCUCAAGAGGCAGCUGGAUCCUUCCAAUUGUCUGGGUAUCAGGGCAUUUGCAGACACUCACUCCUGCCGCGAACUGCUCCGCAUUGCAGACAAGUUCACUCAACACAAUUUUCAAGAGGUAAUGGAAAGUGAGGAGUUCAUGCUGCUCCCUGCCAACCAGUUGAUUGAUAUAAUUUCCAGUGAUGAACUUAAUGUGCGAAGUGAGGAGCAAGUUUUUAAUGCUGUGAUGGCCUGGGUGAAAUAUAGCAUUCAGGAACGCAGACCACAAUUACCGCAGGUUCUGCAACAUGUUAGACUACCACUCCUCAGCCCCAAGUUCCUGGUGGGCACUGUGGGUUCAGACCCGCUCAUCAAGAGUGAUGAGGAGUGCAGAGACCUGGUUGACGAGGCCAAGAACUACCUGCUCCUGCCACAAGAAAGGCCCCUGAUGCAGGGCCCAAGAACCCGGCCUAGGAAACCCAUACGUUGUGGAGAAGUCCUUUUUGCAGUUGGUGGUUGGUGCAGCGGGGAUGCCAUAUCCAGUGUGGAACGUUACGAUCCUCAGACCAAUGAGUGGCGGAUGGUGGCAUCAAUGAGUAAACGACGUUGUGGAGUGGGUGUCAGUGUCCUGGAUGACUUGCUUUAUGCUGUCGGAGGGCAUGAUGGCUCCUCCUACCUCAACUCAGUAGAAAGAUACGAUCCAAAGACCAACCAGUGGAGUAGUGAUGUGGCCCCAACUAGCACCUGUCGGACCAGUGUUGGUGUGGCUGUUCUUGGUGGUUAUUUGUAUGCUGUGGGAGGACAGGAUGGUGUUUCCUGUCUCAACAUUGUUGAAAGGUAUGAUCCAAAGGAGAACAAAUGGACUCGUGUGGCCUCAAUGAGCACCAGGCGACUGGGUGUCGCUGUGGCUGUGCUAGGUGGUUUUCUGUAUGCUGUAGGUGGGUCUGAUGGAACGUCUCCAUUAAAUACAGUGGAGCGUUACAAUCCUCAGGAGAACCGAUGGCACACGGUAUCGCCAAUGGGUACCCGACGAAAGCACCUAGGGUGUGCAGUCUACCAAGACAUGAUUUAUUCUGUCGGAGGCCGGGAUGACACAACAGAGCUGAGCAGCGCUGAGCGUUACAAUCCCAGGACGAACCAGUGGUCUCCUGUGGUCGCCAUGACAUCUCGACGGAGUGGGGUGGGCCUAGCUGUGGUCAAUGGUCAGUUGAUGGCAGUUGGAGGGUUUGACGGGACGACGUAUUUAAAAACUAUCGAAGUUUAUGACCCUGAUGCCAACACAUGGAGGUUGUACGGAGGAAUGAAUUACCGACGACUAGGUGGCGGAGUGGGCGUCAUUAAAAUGACUCACUGUGAAUCCCACAUUUGGUAACGCCUACCCUCUCCCACAGACACGCAUACUUUGACGUGGAUGCCAGCAACACUCAUACCUCCAUAAAAGACUGUUUGUUAUGUGAGGAUGAGAGAAAUGUUUGGGCAAACGAGACUGAAAGCAGAACGCAUUUGCUAUUCUUCAUCCCUCCUGCAAGGUCAUCCACUUUUAAAACUGUUGUCUUCAGUGUCCUCACCUCGGGGUGGUGUGUGAAACCCAGAGCAAACAUCUACCGAGCAUCACUGCGCCGCCAGAUUGGAGAAGCCGUUAUAGGUCCUUCCCCUGUGACCCCUCUAAACGUCUAGCUCAAAAGCACAUUUGUAAACGUGUGAGCGAUCACAGUCUCGAAACCCGAGCCCAAAAUAAAACACCAUACGGCAGCCGGCAAACAAGAAAUCAUUUGAGCUCUUCUUUGAGCUACAAAUUGUCUCGACUGAUACCGAAUACUAACUCCAUAUACACUCUACCCGCGUUUCUACAUAGCUUUAGGCUCGAAGGCAUCCCAGUUAAGCUUCAUGUUUGUGUUUUAAACAAUAGAGAGCGUUCAAACUCAUAUGGCAAAAGGCAGUCUCAUCGUCCCGCCACUUGCCAACAGAGAAAAGGGACAUCGUAUUCAUUAGACGGCAUAUUGCACGUUUUACUUGAAGUUUGAAAUGCUUUGUUUUGGGCUCUUCAUCAAACUACUGCAAUAAAUAAAUGUUGAGACUCCGAAAUCACUCUCUUCUGACGCUCGCUGAUUCUUCAAUCUCGUUGUGAAACGCCUCAUUCUGCGUUAAGCUGAUUGGCUCCGUUUGUACAGACGACACCCGCUGGGUUGCGUCCACUUCUGCUCAAUUGAAUUCCUCACUUCUAAACUGUUACAAACAUGGUUGCAGACUAGAGAUUCUGCACUUUAUAUCAAUGACUAGCUUUACUUGAGGAGUAGGAAUACCUGACAUUUAUUCAGUUUAAUGGUCUUUAGGGAUCAUACAGUACUGAAAUGUUCUGAUUUAAGAUUUUUUUUUUUCCACGACGAGCGCACAGCUAAAAAGUAGAUUUUCUUUUUAAAGAAACAAAACCCUAAAGGUAGAGCUAAUAUGUUGGUUAUGGAUCAUAUCCAGAAGCACAGUUUACCUAGUGAGUAUUGCAGGCUGCACACGGUGAGCAUUUCAGUCAAAAUUGACCACAAAGUGAGAUUGAGGCAAUGAAGGCAGUGACCAUCUCAUGGACGAUACUAAUGAUUUGAUUGGAAUAUAUUUGAUUAGAAUGUGUCAAGGACUUGGAUUGAUAAACCCUAAUUGAAUAUGAAUGCCAAUGCAAUGUGUUCGUUUUGGUCGCGUUCCUUCAAAGGGUCAUGGUGUGCCUAGCUCCAUCUGCUGGAGACUGGGGAAUAGCGCAGCCGUUCUGCGUUCAUGGCUGCAGUUGAUCUCGUGUGAAAAUCGUUUAUCUUGACCGAAGUUUGGAUGUUCAGGAUGUAUUGCAGUGACACUAGAAGUGCGUUUUGGAUUUUAAAAUGUGUUUUCUUUAAUUUUGUUGACCCCCCCCCCCAAAAAAAAAAAACGGUGUAUAAAUAUUCAAAAGUCACCAGUUGUUUUUUGAAGCAGACAUUUUGACUGUUUAAUCCAUCGGUGCUCUCCGACAGCGAGCUAUUUUGUUUUUUAGGUGCAGUACUUUGCUUUCUGUCUCACACAGUUCAUCACUGUGCGUGUUUGUGUGCGUUCCAGCUUGUUUUGUUUUUGUGUGGGUAGGUUGUUUUUGUGUGUGCGCAGUCGCUGCCAUCACAAAGCUCAUAACAGUAAAUGUUAAAGGCAGCUGAGCUCUGAUUUCAUCAUUUCACAAAGGAACAGAUGCACACUAGGAAGGCUGGUCAUGUUUUUUAAAAAAAAAACAAUUCUACUCUCUCCAUGUCGCGUUCCGCAGUGUAGUUAUGCAAGGUAUCUUACCUACAAAUGCAUCUCUCACAAAAUGACGACUUCAACCAUUUUCGUCUUUUAUUUUAUUUUAUUUUAUCAAACAUGCAGUGUAAAGCCCAGUUUUAGAAAACAAAAGUGAAAUUGUCUUGAAGAAAAUGUUUCCUCUCAACUGCCUGAUUCGGUUCUGCACUCAGAAAUGUUACUUUUUACUGCCGUUGUGUAAUGUACCACACACCCUUACUUUUGUGACAAUGCAUUUAUGAUUUUUUUUUAUUUUACGAAACAAAUGUGCUAUUACAGCUGAAGGAGUAUAGAUUCACAAAAGGAAAAACAAUUGAUGUAUAUCCUCCAAUUUUAUUUAUAGUUUUAUUUUUGGGCAGCACAUUUACUUUUCCCUCCCUUAAAAAAAAGGCUUCAUUUGACUAUUUUCAUAAACAAUUUUACACCUCUGACACGUUGUCUGUACAUGGUUCUAAACUAUAAUAAUUUGCUCCGCUAAUGAUCAGUUGGAACUGGCUUAUCUUAUUUGGCGUGACCUAUGUUAAGGGUGUCCUAAAUGUGACCUAAACAGAUUCCUAACACAGAUUCAUUUUAAGCUAUGGUCAGAAACUCAAAAAUGUUAUGAAAAGAAUAAAAUGCAUUUUGGUGAAAAAAGGUGUCUGUAUUCUUGAAUAUUUGAUCAUGACAAGAUUGUAUGUGUGUCUCACGGCUGACAAGCACAGAUUGUCAGGUGCAAAAAUGUUUCGGUUGUGGCUCCAGUUUGGUUUUAUUUUUCAACUUUUCGUUUCACAUGGCUUCGACAUUUUGGUAAGGGGCAGAAUUAAUUCUCUAAACUUCAAAAACCUCUGGAAUGCCAAAGAGAAUUUCAGAAAUUCCAAAGGGUCAACAUGAUAAAUAUUGUUUUCGACAAAA